CGCUCUUUUUCCGGGCAUCUUUGAUGUGCUAGUGAACACAUUUCACUGUGAACCCAACUAAAAAUCGCUAUGGUUUUCGGAUCAAAAGUGAUCAAGUCCGGCGGGGCUGAGCCCGAUGCCUUCGAGGGACAAAUCGGCCAGGCUAUCCUGGAGCUGGAGAUGAACUCGGAUCUGAAGCCGCAGCUUCGUGAUCUGUACAUCACCCGCGCGCGUGAAAUUGAGUUCAACACGAAAAAGGCCAUUGUCAUUUACGUGCCGGUGCCGAAACAGAAGGCCUUCCAGAAGGUCCAGACCCGGCUGGUGCGCGAGCUGGAGAAGAAGUUCUCUGGUAAGCACGUUGUGUUCAUCGGUGAGCGUCGCAUCCUGCCCAAGCCACAGCGUGGACGCCGUGACCCGAACAAGCAGAAGAGACCGCGCUCCCGAACACUGACCGCCGUGUACGAUGCCAUCCUGGAGGAUUUGGUCUUCCCGGCGGAGGUGGUCGGCAAGCGCAUCCGCGUCAAGCUCGACGGUUCGCAGUUGAUCAAGGUGCACCUGGAUAAGAACCAGCAGACCACCAUCGAACACAAAGUCGACACCUUCACGUCAGUGUACAAGAAGCUGACUGGACGUGACGUUACUUUCGAAUUCCCAGAAAACUACCUGUAAACACAAGGGCGAGGGAGUUAGGAUAACCGAACGGAGCAGCAAACGGGUGACGGGAUACGGAUAAUUGUAUUCUGCGCAAAAUGCCGUGUUGCUGGCUAGCAGAGGAAGAGCGACGACAAGUACGAUGAUAACGAUGGCGUUGGUGGAUGCAGAAAAGCCGUUACAAAAUAUCCUGCAAUAAAGAUCGCGUGGAUAGGAAAACACGAAUCGCUUGU